CUUGCCUUUCCAACACCUCAAUUAAUGGCGUGCCCAUACGUGCCUCCGAAACCUGACCCCUCACUCGCUUCCUCCCGGUAUUUAUCGUUCCCUCCUCCCUCCCCUUCUCCUCCUCCUCCUCUUCUCCAAGUUGCGGCUCCCCUUCUCCUCCUCCUCGCCUGCUGCUCGAUUGCUUGCCUGAGCAGCCUGGGAUCCCCUGCUUUGGGAGCUGCUGCUCCGUGUACCUGUGGCUCAGCUGCAGCUGGUGUAGCCGCUCGGGAAGGCCUUUGCUGCAUGCUGUGCUAGAAGAUGGCGGCCGAGGCGGUGGGGUUCAUGGCUCGAGGAGCCAACGGCAGCAGGGCGGCGGAGCUCGUGACCAGGGACUUUCUCGGCGGGUGCGCCGCUGCCGACGACGCCAGGGACGCGGCCGCGAGGCAUGAUGGCGUGCCCGGCAAGCUGUCCCUGCAGAAGCACGCGUGCCCGACGACCCCGAGGGACCUCAACCUGUUCCCCGUCGCCGCCGCCACCACCACAAAACCCUGCCCCGCGACGGUGGCGGCGCCGGCAGAGAGCACCGCGGCAGCCAACGCCGGCGGCGCCACGGCGACGUACCACAGCGUGUGCACGAUCGAGAAGGUGAAGACGGCCCUGGAGCGGUUCGAGCGUGGCAAGCAGCACCAGCAUCCGCAGCACAGCGGCGCCUCGCCGUCGUCGUCGUCCGUCACCACGUCCUCCGUCAAGCGCCGCGGCGGCGGCGGCGGCGACGGCGCCGUGGAGCAGGGCGACGGCUGCGACUCCCCCUCCGGCGGCGGAGGUGGCGGGGGCAUGGUGGCCGCUGCGUGCCCCAGGUGCUUCCUGUACGUGCUCAUCUCCCGGAGCGACCCCCGGUGCCCGCGGUGCGAGUCGCACGUCCCGGCCCCGGCGCCGCCCGUGAACAAGAAGCCGCGGAUCGACCUCAACGUCGGCUUCUUGGGCACCUAGCUAGGCGCGGUCUAGAUUGCUCAUUGUCCUACGUAAGCUAGGCUCGGUGCAGGCAGCACGUCGCGCUCGCUGUUAAUCAAUCCGCUACAACUCCAACAUGUGACCAAGGUGAUUCAAGCAAGGACCGAAUUGGCUACAUAGGGGAGGCGCCUUUUUUUGUUCCCAUUUCUUCUCACCCUGCAUGCCCCCCACUUCUGUUAGGAUCGACCGGACACCAGAUAGAACAUGAUACUCCUGCUGGUACUGUAGAAUCACAAUUGAUCAAAAGCUAUCAUCCACCGUUAUAUAUGGUUCAUUUCAGUUC